AUGCUUUCUCCGCCCACCGCCCUCGCCCCGCCCGUCGCCCUCGCCGCCUCGCCGCCCGUCGACCUCGGUUCCCUUGCCCAUCGCCCUCGCUUCCCCCGCCCGUCGCCCUCGCUUUCCCCGCCUACACCCUCGCCUUGCCUGUCGGCCUCGCCGCUUCCCCGCCCGUCGCCCUCGCUUCCGCCCGUCGCCCUCCCUUCCGCCCGCCGCCCUUCCUUCCCCUCGUCGCGCUCCCUUCCGCCCGUCGCCCUCCCUUCGUCUCGUAGCCCUCCCUUCCUCCCGUUGCCUUCCCUUCCGCCCGCCGCCCUUCCUUUCCCUCGUCGCGUUCCUUUCCGCCCGUUGCCCCCCUUCGUCUCGUCGCCCUCCUUCCCGCUCGUCCCCUCGCAAUCUCCGUCUCUCUCUUCUCCCGUCGCCCUCGCUUUCCCCGUCGCCCUCCCAUCCACUCCUCGUUGUUCUCGCCAUCCCUCCCCUUUCCCUUCUCAUCUCGCACACUUCUCUCUCCCCGGCAUCUCCUCCGCUCCCCACGUCCUCUUCCCUGCUUCCCCCCAUCCCCUUCCGUGCUUCCCCCCAUCCCCUUCCGUGCUUCCCCCCAUCCCCUCCGUGCUUCCCCCCAUCCCCUUCCCUGCUUCAGCCCAUCCCCUUCCCUGCUUCCUCCCGUCCCCUCCCCUGCUUCCCCCCAUCCCCUUCCGUGCUUCCCCCCAUCCCCUUCCGUGCUUCCCCCAUCCCCUUCCGUGCUUCCCCCCAUCCCCUUCCCUGCUUCAGCCCAUCCCCUUCCCUGCUUCCUCCCGUCCCCUCCCCUGCUUCCCCCCAUCCCCUUCCGUGCUUCCCCCCAUCCCCUUCCGUGCUUCCCCCAUCCCCUUCCGUGCUUCCCCCCAUCCCCUUCCCUGCUUCAGCCCAUCCCCUUCCCUGCUUCCUCCCGUCCCCUCCCCUGCUUCCCCCCAUCCCCUUCCGUGCUUCCCCCCAUCCCCUUCCGUGCUUCCCCCAUCCCCUUCCGUGCUUCCCCCCAUCCCCUUCCCUGCUUCAGCCCAUCCCCUUCCCUGCUUCCUCCCGUCCCCUCCCCUGCUUCCCCCCAUCCCCUUCCGUGCUUCCCCCCAUCCCCUUCCGUGCUUCCCCCAUCCCCUUCCGUGCUUCCCCCCAUCCCCUUCCCUGCUUCAGCCCAUCCCCUUCCCUGCUUCCUCCCGUCCCCUCCCCUGCUUCCCCCCAUCCCCUUCCGUGCUUCCCCCCAUCCCCUUCCGUGCUUCCCCCAUCCCCUUCCGUGCUUCCCCCCAUCCCCUUCCCUGCUUCAGCCCAUCCCCUUCCCUGCUUCCUCCCGUCCCCUCCCCUGCUUCCCCCCAUCCCCUUCCGUGCUUCUCCCCGUCCCCUUCCCUGCUUCCUCCCGUCCCCUCCCCUGCUUCCCCCCAUCCCCUUCUGUGCUUCCCCCCAUCCCCUUCCGUGCUUCCCCCCAUCCCCUUCCGUGCUUCCCCCCAUCCCCUUCCGUGCUUCAGCCCAUCCCCUUCCCUGCUUCCUCCCGUCCCCUCCCCUGCUUCCCCCCAUCCCCUUCCGUGCUUCCCCCCGUCCCCUUCCCUGCUUCCUCCCGUCCCCUUCCCUGCUUCCUCCCGUCCCCUCCCCUGCUUCCCCCCAUCCCCUUCCGUGCUUCCCCCUGUCAGAAACAAGAAGUGA